UUAUAUAUAUGACAUUUUGUACAUGUGUUUAUGUAUUUUUGUUCAUAUUAUUCUCCAAAAAAUUUGGUCUUCCCCUCAUCACCAACCAUGGCAACAUCUCUUUCUCAAGUAUUUUCAGACAUCAAAACCAUAUCCAUUAUAGUCAUCAAUCUUGUACUCAUCAAAAUCAUACUCCUAAUCAAAUCUCUCUUAAAAACUAUCAACCGCUCCGGCCAACGAACACUCACCGCGGCUCAAUUUCUCAACCAUGUCGAACGUAAAAAUCCGGCCAUUCGCUACUCGAAAACACUUGUCGUCGAUAUCGAUAAUGUCGGAUCGAUGCAAUGCGCGGUGUGUUUAUCGGAAUUUAAAGAAGGCGAAAAAGUGAGAAACUUGGAGUGCAAGCAUAUGUUCCACAAGGGUUGCUUAGACCAGUGGCUGAAGCAAUGCAAGUCUACGUGCCCUCUUUGCCGGAAUAAGGUGGUGGCCGAUGAAGUGGUGGAUAGUUAUCGGCGGUCGAAGAAUGAGGGGAAUGAGAUGAUUGAGUAUGAUAGGAGUCAUCAGGAGUUGGUUUUCAUGAUUUCUUCUUUGCAUGGUAAUGGUUUUUCGGGAUUUUGGUGAUCUACUUAAAUUAAUUUUAUUUUUGAAAGGAUCUAAUUAAAUUUUUUUUUUUUUGAAACUAAUUAAAUUAAUUAGUUAGCGUGUUAUGGAGAAAAUAUAUACUGUGUGAAUAAAAGUUCAAUUAAACGAAAUAUUUUUUCUAUUCCCAAUUGUAUAAACAUAAGAUUCAUAAUUAAGAAAUUUGUAACAAAUAGAA